UGUUUACACAUGUCAUUUGUCAUCAUCAAAAUCUAAGGUUAUGAACCGGGUGAAAACGAUUUCUUAUGUUAUGCCGAAUAUUGCUAACAAACAAAUUUAAUUGAGCUUAAUUGAGCGUACUGUUUUAAUAUUUGAAGUGUAUGUGUUGUUCUCGUAAUUUCUCAUCUCUCAUAAAUUCGAAAAGUAAGAAGAAAUGCAACACGAGGAAGCGGUCUCAGGAGGUGAAAACCAGACUUCUCAGCGUCUCUUUGAAUAUGUCGAUAAAGCUUUUCCACCUUUGGGAACUUUAGGCCGUAGAAAUGUGUCAAAGUCUAACAAUGCGGAUCAGAAAGGAGCUAAAAACAGGAACAAUGACAAUACAUCAGCCCCACAAAGUAAAAGAAACCGACGUCGUAAACGAAAAAGCAAAAAUAAGCCAGACGAACAGGUCCGUUCUUCAUCACCCAGAUCAAUCAAUUCAACAUCCCCAGAGUCGGUUACUCAUUCCAGUUUCAGUGAAAGUCAAUCAUCAACAUCUUUUCAAGCCUUAAAUGUUACCGAAGAAACGUCUCCAACAAAUCUUUUAGGAGUGCAAGGGGCUUCUUGUUCCGUUUUAAGUGAAAAUAUAUCUCCAGCACUUUCCCAAUCUUUGGAUGUUAGGCAAGAAAUGCCGGACUUAAACCCUCUGUGUCUGCAAGAUACUUCACCUAAUACUAGUCCAAAUGCUAAUCAACCUUCAACAUCUACUCAGUCUUCAGAUUCGUUGGAGACAGUUCCAAAGUCUCGAGAAGCAGACCAAAAGGGUGAACCAGUUGUUGAUGCAGGUUCUGUCACUUUUAGUAUUCAUGCUGUGAAAAACUCACAAACUGGACGAUUUUUCAAAGUGAGAAACAAAACCCACAAAUUCAUCAAUCUUAAGUCUUUCCUGGCUGACCAAUCACAAACAUGUGUAUUUGAAACAAAUUUAGGGUCAUUGUCUGCAUCGCUAGAAGCAUUGAAAUUAGAGUCAGGCUACCAAAAAAAACGCAAGUAUUAUGACAGUGUUGAUGUUACAAGUAAUAGUGAAGAUAAUACAGAUACAACAGAACAGAACACAAGGAAUGAAUCAUUCACUGAUGAAGUGCAAAAGUCUCCAACUCAAAAACAAGACAUUCCAUUUAAAAGCAAAGAAACGAGAAGAAGAGUCGGGAGGAAAGAGUAUAAGAGACAGCAAAUGUUGAAAAAGGCAGCCAAACUGAGAGAUGAAACAUUUCCUGAAACUUUAACUGCAGAAUCUGCAGAAGAAGGCGAGAAAUCAAGCGAUUUAGUUCGUGGUUUUAUUAGAAUAAACCAGAAAAACCCACGAGAUUCGUUUGUCAGUCAUGCUGACUCUACUCAGGCUGAUUAUUAUAUCAGGUCAGUUGCGGACCGAAAUAAGGCUUUGGAUGGAGACGAGGUUUUACUCAAACUCAAAGAAGACACAGAACUGUGCGAGGGCAAAAGAGUAGCAGUGGUUGUAUACAUCUCAAAAAAGAUUCAUCCUCGUAUAACAGUAGGAAAUUUGCAAAUGACGACACUCUCAGAUCAUGCUUUGUUUAUUCCAAGGGAUAAACGUAUGCCCAAUAUGUUAAUUCCUGAUACCACGUGGCCAAUUGGUUUCAAAGAUCACGUCAAAGAUUAUAAAGAUGUUCUUUUUGUGGCUAAACUGGUAAGGUGGUUGAAACCUAACAGAGCAAUAGGUUUUAUCACUGAAACCCUCGGACGGUCAGGCGAUUUACAGGUGGAAACAAUGGCUAUACUUAAAGAGUUUGCACUGGACAUCACGCCCUUUUCGCCUGAGAUGAUUCAACAUUUACCCAAAACUAAGGACAUUGCAGCUGAAGAGCUGGAAUACAGGGAAGAUAUAAGAAAGGAGUGUGUUUUUACCAUUGACCCAUUGACUGCUAGAGACUUGGACGACGCAGUUUCUGCUAAAAAGUUGCCAAAUGGACAUUACGAAAUUGGAGUUCAUAUUUCAGAUGCCAGCUACUAUUUACAUGAAGGUACACCAUUGGAUGAAAUGGUAAGUUCAAAAGCGACCACAAUAUACCUGGUAGAUUCGGUAUAUCAUAUGUUGCCUGUGGAACUUUGUCUACAUUGUUCACUGCUGCCUGGAGAUGAUAAACUUGCUUUUUCGGUGUUUUGGGAAAUGGACGAACAAGGUCAAAUUUAUAACACAAGAUUCGUCCGCACCAUUUUGAACUCUUGUGCGAAGCUAGCUUAUGAACACGCUCAGCAAAUGAUAGAGGAUCCGACAAGGAAAAUUGUAUCUUUAUUUAAGUUCUGUCAAGAUAAUCCACAUUGGACAGUGGAAGAUAUUCCUGUUUCUGAUCCAAGCGAGAAUUCAGAGAACCAUAAAAAAGUGUUUAGACUAAUCAUCGACUUUCCAGCAACCGCAGGAAGUCCUGAGCCUUCCAGAAUGGUCGUAGAAAUGUUUAGCGUAGUGAAAGUGAACCUUAUCAGGAUACCAAAUAGCUACAAGCUGGAGCCAUUCCUUAUUAGGCCAGUCAUGACAGCUGUUUAUAUGAAAAACUUUACCGCUCCAGCAGAAAGUACAAACUUAGAUAUUUAACAUUCUUCUUUACUAAGAAAUGCCACAGGAAUCAUAUUUUUUACUUUAUACCCCUGAAUUUAAAAAUAUAUUUUUUAAACGUACUCAUGUUCUGUGGUUGUGAUAAUGAUUGUUACAUUGUGAUUACGUCUUUAGACUAUAGAUCGUUUGAUUAUUUAAAAUAAGUCUUAAAGAGUUUUAUUUGACUCAAGUUUUUUAUUGCAAAUUGAGAAGGUUGGUUAUAAAUGUAAUUAUUCAGGCUACGCAUAUCACGACGUCAAUUGAAUUUUUUGAACUAAAGAAAAUAACGUAUUUAAUUUAAAAAACAGUAGCAACAAAUUGUAUUGUAAAGUACGUAUGUAAGUGUAAAGUGUAUCAGUAAAGGGGAAGUCAGGAAGCCAGUAGAGGCUUUAGUUAAGGUUUAGGUGAGAUACGCGAAAGUUAACGGACGCUCAUUCGAGUGCUGAAAGUCUUAGAUUUAUUUUGUUUUAUUUGAUUUUGAAUUGAAACAUAGUUAAUUGUGAGUUUUGAGGUAUGAACAUGUUACCGUAAACAUGUCUUAAUGUGUAAUUAUUGUCGAAAGAUGCUUUAAACAUAUCUUGAAAAACGACUCGGUAAAUAUAGUGGAACUCGUUUGCGUAAUAUGUUUUCAUUUUUGAAUGGAAUUGUAAAGUUUGAUUUUCCGUGUAUUUUAAGUGAGUAGACAGUAGUAAUUCACAGCUGUAAAGCUGUUGAAAUAAGUACAAUUACUAAAUAAAUUUUUAUAUUUAGUAGGAAA